AUGGUUGCCUCAGCAUGGUUGAGCCCAGCAGUCAGGGCAAUCGGGUUCUUGCUCUUUGUGGACAGUGUGUCCGCGAAAGGAGACUUCAGACUUGCUACGAGCCCGAGCUACCGCAACUCUAAUCCUUGCCCAGAACGAUGCAGCAUCUCUGGCGCGAACACGGGCAACUGGUCUGCCUAUCCCAACUUCCAGCAGAUCAAGCGGUGUACGGAGACCAUGUUCUACGACUUCUCUCUUUACGACGAGGUCGAUGACGAUUCGAGCAACCACCGUAUCAAUGCCUGCUCCUCGUUUGGCACUGACUUCACUGAGCUUGCCAGCUCGGAACCGAAUUCGACCAACACCGCCCAGACUGUCGAUGUCGAUUUCGAGAUUGGCUGGUGGAAUGAAGGCUUCGGCCUGGCUGCCUCCGGUCUCCGAUCGCUCAUCGCGCAAAUUCGAGAAUACGCAGACAACGGACAUGGCGCUACUGAUCGACCGUUCAUCAUGUUUGGACAGUCUGGUCAAGCUACGAUUGGUUUAUACAUUGGCCAAGGCUUGUUGAAUCAGGGGCUCAGCGCUUCCGCCAUGAAGCUUUUUGAAGACAAACUCGACAACCUCAAUGUUUCGACGCCCAGCUUGGCUAUGCAGCUCUGCGAGCCAAGUUACGGUAGCGACCAUAUAUUUGGACUCAUGGUGACUAGCAACGGCACAUUCACUCCAGUGCAAACUGCCAUCAAAACUUGGGCCAAUGCGACAUGUCUAUCCUUUUCCGAAUCGGCCAACAUCACCGGACAGGCCAUCUUUACUACACCACUGGUACCCACGAACAGCACUACCAACUCCACCUUGUCCAAUUCCACCUCGUUGUUCGAGCGAACUAGUCAGCACCAAGCACACAAGAGGUAUCCGUCUCAUGCCAGGUUUCACGCUCGUGCGGACUGCAGGACUGUUCAAGUCGAUUCUGGCGACAGCUGUGCCAAGCUGGCUGCCAAGUGUGGCAUCACUGCUGCAGAGUUCACCAAGAUCAAUUCGGACUCUAGCUUCUGUGCAAACCUGAGGCCAAAGCAGCACGUUUGCUGUUCGAGUGGAACCCUUCCGGAUUUCAGUCCCAGUCAGGGGUCGGACGGCACAUGUUACACAUACCAGGUCAAGACCGACGAUAACUGCGACGAUCUUGCUGCCCAAUUCAGUCUCACAAGGGACAAGAUUGAAGACUUCAACAAGAACACAUGGAGUUGGAACGGCUGUAAGCUCCUCUUUGUAGGCACCAACAUGUGUUUGAGCAAAGGUAGUGCGCCAUUUCCAGCCCCUAUUGCCAACGCACAGUGCGGCCCGCAGAAGCCCGACUCGAAACCGCCCACCGCUGGCACAAAUGUUACAGAUAUGAAUCCCUGUCCUUUGAAUGCAUGCUGCAACAUCUGGGGCCAAUGUGGCAUCACCAAAGACUUUUGCGUCGACACCAACACUGGUGCUCCAGGUACUGCUAAGCCGGGUACUUACGGCUGCAUUUCCAACUGUGGAACCGACAUCGUCAAGGGCUCUGGCAGCGGCGGUAUCAAGAUCGCCUACUACGAGGGCUAUGGGAUGGGCCGCGACUGUCUCUUCCAGGAUGCCUCUCAGAUCGACACUGCAGCGUAUACGCACAUUCACUUCGCCUUUGGCACGUUAACGAAUUCAUACGAGGUUGAAACUGGCGAUGUGCUAUCAACAUACCAGUUUAACGCAUUCAAGAAGAUCAAAGGCGCGAAGAAGAUCUUGUCAUUCGGAGGAUGGGACUUUUCCACCUUUCCUGCCACGUACAACAUCUUCCGCGAAGGUGUCACAUCCGCCAACCGACUCAAGAUGGCCACCAACAUUGCGAACUUCAUCAAGAAGCACGAACUUGAUGGUGUUGAUAUUGAUUGGGAAUACCCUGGUGCACCCGAUCUUCCGGGCAUACCUGCAGCUAGCAAAGCUGACGGCCCGAACUACCUGGCCUUCCUCGUCGUUUUGAAGAACCUUCUGCCUGGGAAGUCAAUUUCCAUCGCCGCCCCCUCCUCAUACUGGUACCUCAAGCAGUUUCCCAUCAAGGACAUUGGCAAAGUGGUCGAUUACAUUGUCUACAUGACUUAUGAUCUUCACGGCCAGUGGGACGCAGACAAUUCCUACUCUCAGGAGGGAUGCGCUACAGGUAACUGCCUGCGCAGUCAAGUCAAUUUGACGGAGACAAAGCAGUCUCUUGCCAUGAUUACCAAAGCAGGCGUUCCAGGAGCCAAGGUCAUUGUUGGUAUCACGAGUUAUGGACGAUCCUUCAACAUGGCCGAAGCAGGUUGUUGGGGCCCAGGCUGCGUCUACACGGGCAGUCGCGAAAGCUCCCAAGCAACCAAGGGAAAAUGUACCGGCACAGCUGGAUACAUUGCUGAUGCCGAGAUUGCAGACAUUGUAAAUGAUCAGAAGAGGGCUGGACGCGUAGUCAAGAACUUUGUCGACACUAGCAGCAACAGCGAUAUUCUUGUCUAUGAUGACACCCAAUGGGUGAGCUACAUGAGCGCCAGUACGAAGAAGACACGCGCCACUUUGUACUCAGCCUGGGGAUUUGGAGGUACUACCGACUGGGCAAGCGACCUGCAAACGUUCCACGAUGUUCCGAAGCCGGCGGCGAGCUGGGGGGACUACAAGCAACUCAUCAAGUCUGGCCAGGACCCCAGGGCCGAUCACACACGCAAUGGUAACUGGACCAGUUUCCACUGCACUGACGUACUGGUCGACGAUGCCUCGUACUACACACCACAUGAACAAUGGGUGGGGCUCAGUACUGAUGAGGCGUGGAAGGACGUUAUCAGGAUCUGGAAAGAUACCGAUCGUGGUAGGGGUGGCAUCAGCUUCUCUCAAUCGGUUUCCGAGACUACCAAUGUUGCUUCCUCACCUGACUGUGGUACGAUGUCAUCUAGCAGCAAUUGCGAUGCGACCGCAGACUGUGGCCAAGGAUUGGAGGCAGAAGACUCAGGCCCCGCAGCCAUGCUGAUUUGGAACUCCUUCGUGUUCAUUCAUCAAAUGUACAAGGAUUACCAUGACGCCUUGUUCGAUGUGGCUGCAGUAGUCGCUACCAAUCUGCGAGAUCUGGAGAACAAGUUUGCGCCAAUUCCACCCGAGCCCGAUCACACAUGGGAGCUAUUCCUUAUCGACCUUCUCACCCUUGGAACCCUUUCAGCUGCUGGGCCAUUCUUCAACAAUCUCAUCAAGAAGAUGCCUUAUUUCAAAGGGGAGGGCCCGGCAUUCGACAACGCCAAAGACACUACUUUCACCUUGAUUGGUCAAAGCACAACCAUCGCCAAGGACUUGUUGACUCUAGGUGAUCCAGACGCAAAAUGGACCGCCGAACUUCAAGAUUCCUUUUCCAGUUACAUGGGCAAUGUUAUCACUGGAUGGGCCAACGUCACUACCGUCGCGUUAAAGCGGUUGUUCGAUGGAACCGAUGGAAGCAUCGAUACUUUGUGGGACAUCAUCUCGGAUGGAAAGCUUAUCCUUGGCGCAGAGUCCAAGGACGUCCAUGGUAGCGACAGAUUUCCCAGCCCUAUGACUGAGAAUGAUCUCCGUGCCAAUAUCCAGAAGUCCGUCUUUGGCUUCGCUAUCCCAAACCUUUGGAGCGUUUCCAAGGCCUACCCCUUCAUCAUCGACUCCGGUAACGGUUGUGAUGGCGACAACAUCGGAAAAUACAUGGAUGACGAUACCAUGAAGGCUACUGGAAUGUGCUUCGAGGGCAAGAUGUACUAUAUUGCCAGUCCUGACGGCGAUGCUAGAGUGUGCAAAUGUGAGCCCCAGGAGAAGGGCCCUUGCCAGACUACAUGCAGAGUCCAGAAGUUCUCAGCACCCAAGGGCCUUGACUCUUUGGACGGGAAAGACGCGUUCGGUGGUAUUACCAAGGAGGAUCUCAUCAAGGGCUCCGUCAGGACCUGGACCUCGAACGGUCGCAAGAACGGCGCAGAAGUUGCAGAUCCCACCAACGACGGUACAAUGGACAACUUGCUUGACAUCGACGUAACGACGCCCGGAUUCAUCCGCAUACCCGUCUGCAGUGCAGACAGGGCUUUCCAAUCCUGGGACACUGCCGACAAGGGCUCAAGCUCACACUACCCCUGCGACAUACCACCAGGCCGAAACGACUGCAAGGACUCUUCUUUUGACGACAAGACGAGCGGUGCUUCACCUAGCGUCGACGACUGUCGCCAGAUCAUCACCAACAUCCAAGGAGAUGGUUCGACUGACUGGACCACGGAUGUGAUUGGGCACAACCAGCGCGAGAUCGCCAAGUCUGGUUCCUGCUCUUUCGGUGUCGAAGCGUCCAAGACGAACGGUAACGUCAACUUCGUAGUUGGCGGGCAGGACGUCAUCGACAUCAUCAACACCGCUAUCGAGAAGUUCGGUGGCAGCGGCAAGGUGGGAGCUGAAGGCCACAUGGAGUGCAACGGUAAUGUUAAGGGCCAGGCAGUUACCUGGGGCAUCUACUAG